UGGUUAAACUAUUUUGUAUAAUUUUUGGUGUAAUGAUUGGAGAUAAACUUUUGUUUGAUAUAAGAUUUAGUGUAAAAUGAUACAAAUUUGGUGUAGCGUGGGAGAUUGCCUUAACAAAAAAUGGAUUUGACUGUAAAGAAAUGGGAGUUUUCUACUAGAAGAAAGGGGGAAAAAAUUAAAAUAAAAUAAAAAUGUGAGGCCGUGAUAAUUAUUGGUGCUUUUUGCAGGAGCCAUGAUAAUGUCUGGAAAAGCUCUUUUUACAGGAACACAGUGGCAAGAACUGGAGAGACAGACAAUGAUAUACAAAUACAUAUUGGCUUCUAUCCCUAUUCCACCUCAACUCCUCUUACAGCUCUCAAAUGCCCCAAUUCUAACACAUGCCUUCCAAUCUAAAACAUCUGGUUUGGAUUUGAGGUUCUCGAGCGGGUCGGAUCCAGAGCCAUGGAGGUGCAGGAGAACAGAUGGGAAGAAAUGGAGGUGUUCAAGGGAUGUAGCGCCUGAUCAGAAAUACUGUGAGCGCCAUGCCCACAAAAGUCGACCCCGUUCAAGAAAGCCUGUGGAAACUCAAUCCCUGAACACUACUACCAACAAUUAUUCUCAACAAUCUCUUCUCCUUCCACCUAAUACUACCACUCAAAACUCAAUGGACUUCGCUAAUCCAUAUGACCAAACAAGGUGCACAGAAUGGUUGAUGGGAAGUGUAAGCAGCAGUGGCACCAUCCCCGUCUCUACUUGUAACCAACAAUGGCAUCAACUUAUGCAGUCAUCAUCAAAAGUGGAAUAUUUGAAUAGAGACAACACUGUCCAAAACGAGAAUAAUGUGUCUACAUUUCAAUACGAUGAUAAACAAGAUUUCAUGAACUUAUUUCUUGAUCACCCCAAGUUAGCCUAUUUACAAGGAAACCUUGAUUUAAACACUGAAAAAACACAGACAACGAGGCGUUUUAUUGAUGAAAGGUCAACAGGAGAGAAAGACGGCGAUGAAGGGUCUGCUGCAUCUUUAAACAAGAAGAUGUUUUCACCCUCGUCUUUGACUCUAUCAAUGUCAAGAGGAAUUGGGAUUGGCGAUGAUAAUGACCACAAUGCUGCAAUUGGUAUUGGGACCAUGAAGACUGUUAAAGAAAAUGAUGGAUUUUUGAAUUCUGUUUCUUGGAUGAAUUCUCCGCAGGGUGGACCGUUGGGUGAAGCAUUGGGACUCGGCAAUUCCACCGCAGGUGGUGGUGGAAAGGGGUGUUCGGAUUUGGCUUCACCUCAUGGGUAUAGCAAUAGCACUGCUAAUAGCAGCAACUGCAGUAAAAGUUCUUGCGAGGAUGGCAGCUAUGCACACAAUUUUAUCGGUUGACUGCUCAACUUUUUGAACUUGAGCCUAGUGCUGGCCAAACAGAAGCUAUUUGAUGUGUUUAUUUCGUUUAAUUUGGUUCCCUUACUCUUCAUGACUCUUUUAUUUAUGUACAUUUGUGUCCUUUUCAUAAUUAGCAAUAGAUACGCUGCACUGUUCGCUUUUAAGGUGGCCCGUGCCAUUUACUAUGUCCAGAAUUGCUCAUCGGUGGGCCAACUGUAUUGGGCUUAUUGUGCUCGUACAAUUAUUUGCAUGGACCUAUAUAGGUACUCUUUUAGAAA